AUUGGUCUCUGUCACUGUUAAUCCAGCUCGGUUGUGCCUCUGAGCAUUGUCGUACUUUCCCCAAUCUGCCAAUUUCCCAACGGAUUGACAGCGACAGAACAUUUUAAAGCACCAGCGUUUUCGUCUGUUUUUGGACCUCCAGCUUGUGGGGGCUUCAGUCCGGGUCAGAGGUGGUUCUCGGCUCCUGAACCCAGCCAUGAAGUCCCGUCCAGGAGCUGCAGCCGUGCUGCUGCCCAUUGCUCUCUGCCUCAGUUUGGCUCCUGUGUGUUUGGGAGCUGCCAUCCCCGCUGCAUGUGGAACCAUCUACAAGAGCUUCGCUCAGUGUCUCAUCUCACUCGGGGACAGUUUGGUGGAAACACAGAAAGACCAGAACACACAGGACAUCGACUCAAUCUGCAGGUCCUGGAAUACGUUCCAUGUCUGCGCCAGCGCCGCCUUGGCCGGCUGUCCAGGGGAAGCGGCAGCUAUCUGGGAGUCUCUCAGACAAGAGUCCAGGAAGACCCAGUUUUCUGGAAACCUCUACGACAUGUGCGCCAGCCGGACCACCCUCCCCCCCAGCGCUCUGCCUGCACCCGACAGGCCUGCCACCUCGGACCAGACGAACAAGGAGACUCUGAAGGGCCGUGCACACAAACACGGCUCGGCCAGCAUCUCAGCGCUGCUGCCUGUGUGCAGCAUGCUGCUGCUGCUGUCCCUCAGGAGUUAGUCACCGCCAACAGAGACGCUCACGCAGCAAAGACUCAACAAGCUGCAGGCUUUUAGACUGGAGAUGCCACCGUGAGAGGCUGGGUGAUUGUAGUCCGGAGUGAAUGCUGUGCUCUUGUGGAUUUGCUCUUCAGAGAGCCUGCAGCAAAGUUUCUGGUUUAAUGUUUAUAGAUAUAAAAGUUUUUAUCUAACUGAUGGUCACUGCUCCACCUGCUGUCCAGUUCACAGUGGAGAAGAUGUCAGAACUUUCAGUUCUGAAAAGGUUGAAUUUAAUUUAUUGGAUUUGUUCUGUUUCAUUUAAGAUGGGGGCAUUUUUGAUACUGUGCAGAAGUCUUGGGUCUCUUAGUUUCUUCAUAUUUCUCAGAAAUGAACUUAGACGUUUUUGUAAUAUUUUUAAAGUUGUCUAGGAAAUUGUUUUCCAAGUAUUUUGUGUUUAGUUUUAAGCCUGUUAUGAAAACAAGACCCCAUGACACAGAGAAUUACAUUUCAGCAUCUCUUGAGAAGAGAACAUAAAAGAAUAUAAAUGUCCUUUAUUGUUCCUCAAGGGGGGAAAUUCAGGUGUACCAGCAGCAAAGCGACAGGCAGGUCGAAAAAUGUAGAAUCACACAAAAACAAAAACAUAAAAGCAGAACUAGCAAUAACAUGCUGUUCAACGAGGGCUAAUUUACAACAUAAGAAAAGACUGCACAGUUAAUAAAAACCAUAAAUGUGCAGUUGAAUAAGAUGAUUUAAAAAACUGUUUCAAAAGCAACAACAAACAUUUACCAGAAGUGAAAACAAUCAGUGCAAACAUCAGCAGGGAUGAAAACACUGAUUGAGUUUGAUGCAGCCGUCUGUCACUGAAGGAGCUUCCCAUCGUCAAGCGCAGAGUGUAAGACAUCGUCCAUUAAUGUCCUCGUUAAAGUCCACCUGUCUCCCACCACCUGCAUGGGGUCAAAGGGCAUCCUAAAAGAGUAUUAAGCGUUUUUAGAUGAGGCUUGUUGACAGAUUUGACUACAAAUUGGAUAAUGAUGCAUUUCUCAAGUUCUGUGUCGGGUUUUCUAACUUAUUCUGAUCAUCUGUCCUAAAAUAACACAAAUGCAAGUAAAAAUGGAACCAGAGUAGAAAAAACUUGAAAGUAAAUUUAUUCUGAUCAAGAUCAGUAGAAGAUUGGCUCAUUUGAGGCAAAUUUAAAGAAAGUAUGAGAGAUUCAAGACUUUUGCAAAGCACUGUACCCAUUCAGCUAUUAGAUAAA